UCAAAGUAAGUUAUUCUUUGGAACAGUCAGAAGAGGCAGAGUAAGAGAGGACUACAACCUAGGAAGCCUUGUAAAAGGGCAAAAGUGCCCUUUGCCCAGCUCUGGAAUGGCUUUCCAUUUUCUGGGUUACACUGUUCUAGUCCUAUUAUUGGAAUGCUUUACUGCUGUGGCUGCUGAAGAUGCAUGUGGACCACCUCUUAGAAGAGAACGAGAACAACCUACAGGAGAAUUGAAUGAAGACACAUAUGUACAUGGACACACAAUAUCAUAUAAAUGCCGCCCCGGAUAUGUUAAAGCUUGGCCUAUUAAACUUCAAUGUAAUGAUGGAGUCUGGCGACGAUUGCCACCUACUAAGAACUGCACAGGAAUAUCUUGUGGUCACCCUGGAGAUUCUGAUUAUGCCAGUUUUGAACUUACCCAUGGAGAUGACUUUACUUUUGGUGCCCGUGUUACCUAUAUGUGCAACGAAGGGUAUAAGAUGCUCAGCCAAUAUAAUCACCGUGAUUGUCGAGCAAAUGGAUGGACCAAUGAGGUUCCUCAUUGUGAAAGUAAGUAGGCUCUC